UUCACAUUAAGACGUUGAUAAUAUCGUGCAAAAUAUUUAAUUCAACUUUUAUCAAGAUAAGAAUUGGGUCAAAAAUUUUUUAAUGUCAACAUCAAUAUGAAGGGUUUAUAUUUGACUGCUGUGUUAUUGGCCUUGAUGAUGAGCUAUGCUAAUCCUUAUAAAAUUUUAGGCGUUUUUCCUGUAAGCUUCAAGUCCCAUUGGGUGAUAGGUCACUCAAUAAUGAAAAGCUUAGCCAAUGCUGGCCACGAGGUUUACAUGAUUUCACCAUUUCCGCUCAAGAAACCAAUUCCAAACUAUAAUGACGUUAAUCUCGUCUACGACAAUGAACUUGAGCUGGGAAACAUGUUCGUCCGUGAAGAUUAUCCACCACAAAAGCACAUGUCUUUAUUAUCCAAUCUUGGAGAGUUUUUAUCAAAUUUUACACUUUCACAUCCAAAUAUUAAGGCACUGCUUAAACGUGAAAAACAUUUUGACGCAAUAAUUGUGGAAGUUUUCUUUUUUGAAGCCCUUUAUGGACUAGCGGCUCAUUACAACUGUCCACUUAUUGGAUCUUCAACAUUCAGCACAUCAAAAUGGACUAAUGAUCUGACGAAAGCUCCAAUGGAAUAUGCUUACGUGCCGCAUAAUUUUGUGAAAUUUUCAGAAAAUAUGAAUUUUUGGCAGCGAACGUACAACAUGCUGAUAUGCCAAUAUGAAAACUUAUUUAUGGAACUUUAUCACUACGAGAGGCAGGAAAGAGUCUUCGACUAUCAUUUUGGACAUACUGGGAAGUCAUUGAAAGCUGUCAUGAAGAGUACUUCCUUGGUCUUUAUUUAUCAUCACUUUAGUGUAUUGUCAAUUAGACCAACUGUAGCUAAUAUGAUCGAAAUUGGGGGACUUCAUGUUGAUGAGCCAAAAGAACUUCCACAAGACAUUAAAGGAUUCCUCGACUCAGCACAUGAUGGAGCGAUUUUGUUCUCUUUUGGCUCAAUGAUUCAAGGAAGUGAUUUGCCUGUCGAGAAGCGCAAUGCAUUCAUCAAAGUUUUCAGUCAACUUAAAGAAAAAGUCAUUUGGAAGUUUGAGAAUGAAACCUUGAUUGAUAAGCCAGACAAUGUCAUGACUAGUUCAUGGAUCCCUCAAAGAGACAUCUUGGCACAUCCAAAUGUAAAGCUUUUCAUAACUCAUGGAGGAUUGUUAGGAACAACAGAAGCAAUUAUAGAAGGAGUUCCUGUAAUUGGAGUUCCAAUUUAUUCCGACCAAAAAAUGAACAUGCUUCAAGCUCAACAAAUGGGAAUCGGGACUGUUAUGGAAUAUAAGGACUUAAAUGAAGAUUUGAUUUUGAAAAAUAUCAAUGAAGUCUUGAGGAAGUUCGAGUAUCAAAAUAAUGCACAGAAAAUCUCAAAGAUUUUCAAGGAUCGUCCAAUGACUCCUCAACAGUCAACAGUCUAUUGGGUUGAAUAUGCAAUAAGGAAUCAAGGAGCAAGUCACUUACGAUCAGCAGCUCAUAAGCUAAACUAUUUCCAACUUCAUUUAAUUGAUUCUUAUUUAUUUGUGCUGGCUAUGAUUGGAUUGAUUGUUUAUGGAUUUUAUAAAGCAGUUCAGAGAGUUUUGAGGGGUUUAAUGAAUACUUUUGGGGUUAGAAAAGUUAAAAGUGACUAAUCUAUCCCA